AUGAAGGUCUCAACACUCGCUGCUCUUGGUGCCUUCGCCGCCGGCCUCGUCGCUGCUACUCCAGUCGACAAGCGCGCCACCGUUCCGGCCGCUAACAAGGUCAAGUACCAACUUGAUAUGACACAUUUCCACUCCUCCGCAAAGCGAGGACGACGAUAUGAAGCCCUUGGAGGAAAGAUGGCUCUUCUCCAGAGAAGAUGGUUCGGUCACGCUACUGAAUCCUACACUUUGGAAGAUGCUCCAUACGCUGCUAUCGCUGGCAGCGUUGAGUUCAACAGAGUCACUCAUGAGAACAGUUUGAAGUGGGAGACUAUCGAGCCACAGCAAGGUGUUUUCGACUUCACACUCGGUGACAAGCUCAUUGCUUGGGCUGAUGCCAACGACCAGGCCGUUCGUGGUCACACCUUGGUCUGGCACUCCCAGCUCCCUAACUGGAUCAACAACCCUGCUGUCCCAUGGACUGCGGCUACUCUCAAGCCAAUUCUUGAGAACCACGUCCGCACAGUCGUCCGCCACUACAAGGGCAAGAUCGACCAGUGGGAUGUCGUUAACGAGAUGUUCAACGAAGACGGUACCUUCCGUGACAGCAUCUUCUACCGCCUCUUCGGAUCUGACUACGCUAAGUGGGCACUCACCUGGGCCCACGAGGAAGAUCCAGAUGCUCUUCUCUUCAUCAACGACUACAACUUCGAAUACGUCACACCUAAAGUUACCGCUGCCGCCGCUUUCUUCAAGUCCCUCGUUGACCAAGGUUACCCACUCGGUGCCGUCGGUGCCCAGGCCCACUUGAUCGUCGGACAAGUCGACGAAGCCGGUAUCACCGCCGGUUUCCAGAAGUUCACCGAAUUCGGUCUAUUGUUGUACCUCACCGAGGUCGAUAUCAGAUACGAAAUCGGUCGUGGAAACGAUAUUGCCAACUACACCACCUCCCAAAUCGGACAACAAGCCAAGGAUUACUAUGCUGUCACCAAGGCUUGCUUGAACGUUCCAAACUGCAUUGGUAUGACUCUUUGGCAAUACAGUGACAAGUACUCUUGGAUCCCCGGUGUCUGGGCCGGUACUGGCGCUGCUCUGCCAUGGGACGAGAGACUAAACAAGAAGCCAGCAUAUACUGCUGUCUAUGAGGCUAUCUUGGAGAAGCCUUGCUCUGUUUGCGAGACCGACGGACUCGAUGCUUAG